AUGGCGGCAAAUUUUAAUCUGAUGUUGUCGACGAAAAUUGCCCUAUCAAAGAAGAAUAUUUGCAAAAAAGGAGGCACUCCCAUUACAUUUCUAAAGCCGAAGCAAGCUAGAUGCAUGAAGGAAUUGUUUAGUGGAAGAUAUGUCAUUGGUGUUCUUCCCACUGGUUAUGGAAAAUCGCUGAUUUUCGAGCUUCUGCCAUAUGUGUACGAAGCACUUGAGCUUGCAAAGCUUCAAAAGUUGGCAGGGCAUUUCAAAUAUUUUCUUGGACAUCCAGAGCAUAUUAUUAAAAAAGAAGUGUUAGAUAUUUUUGGUAGUGAUGGGUGGCAAAAGAAGAACAUAUUUAUAGUUAUAGAUGAAGCACAUUGCAUUGUUAAGUGGGGACCAGAUUUCCGCCCAGCCUUCCAAGAAUUAUGUCGUUUAAAGUCAGUCUUCCCCAAGGCAGUACAAUUAGCCAUUACAGCCACUGCUACAAUAGAUCUACAACAAACUGAGCUUUCCAGAGCCCCAAACAUGAAAAAUGCUAUGGUCAUCACAUCACCUGUGGACAGACCAAAUAUAAAAUUAGCAGUCAGGACAAGACUACCUUCAACUGGGUAA